AUGCCAUCCCGCCAUCUCCUCUCUCUCCCGCCGGACCACCGCCACCGCCACCGCAUCCAACCCAUUCUCCCCGCCGUCCUCGGCGGAGCCUUGAGUUUGGCUCUCCUCUCCCUCAUCCUCAUUCUAUUCCUCUUCCUCUACCGGAAGCUCUCCAGCAACCGCACCGCUCCCACCACUUCCGACCUCAAAUCCCCCACCCACAUCCAGAGUACCGCCAACCAGUGCCGCCGCUACUCCUACUCCCUCCUCCGCCGCGCCACCGCCUCCUUCUCGCCCUCCAACCGCCUCGGCCACGGCGGCUUCGGCUCCGUCUACAAGGCCAUCCUCUCCUCCUCCCUCCUCGCCGCCGUCAAGGUCAUGGACCCCAGCGGCUCCCUCCAAGGCGAGCGCGAGUUCCACAACGAGCUCGCCCUCGCCUCCUCCCUCAGCUCCCCCUACAUUGUCACCCUCCUCGGCUUCUCCACCGACCGCCGGAAGCGGAAGCUCGUCCUCGUCUACGAGCUGAUGGAGAACCGGAGCCUGCAGGAGGCUCUCCUGGAUCGCAAGUGCGAGGAGCUCAUGAAUUGGAGCCAGCGGUACAGCGUGAUUACCGAUGUCGCGAGAGGCCUCGACUAUCUACACCACUCCUGCAACCCUCCCGUGAUUCACGGCGAUGUCAAGCCCAGCAAUAUCUUGCUGGAUUCGGAUUUCAAUGCCAAGAUUGGCGAUUUCGGACUCUCUAGAUUGAAGACGGGGGAGAUCGCCGAGUGUGCCGCCGGAGAGGACAACGGAUCCAUCCUGGAGGAGGCGGAGAGCGUCGCGACCGCCGGCUACGAAGACUCCGGAGCAGCUGUCGAUCGCUCGCCGGUGAGUAAGGUCUUGGAUUCGGAUACGUCGCCGGAGGCCGUGGGGGCGGAUAAGGCGAGCUUAUCGGAGUUAGGGUUUGACAGGGCGAGCAUGGAAAGCGGGCGAGAUUUGAGUGGUAAGAAAGGCGGAUCGAGAAGAGAUUGGUGGUGGAAACAGGAUAGCGGAGUGGAAUCGGAAUCGGGGAGAGUGAAGAAGGAUUAUGUAAUGGAGUGGAUUGGUAGCGAGAUCAGUAAGGAACGAGCCAAAUCCGGCGGAUGGAAUGUUGCGUCUCCGAGCUCGGCCGAUAACAAUCUGUUGAGCACACCGACUUUGAAGGUAGAGCCUAAGGAGAAGAAGACGAAGAAGAAGAGAUUGGAAUGGUGGGCAUCUCUGGACGAAGAAAGAUUGACAAGGAAGGAGAAGAACAGAAAGCCCAGGGAAUGGUGGAAGGAAGAGUUCUGUGACGAGUUAUCUAAGAAGAACAGGAAUAAGAAGAAGAAGAAGAGGGGUCUGAAUUCGAGCAAUGGCGGAGAAGCUUGGUGGCACAAGGACGAGGAAGAUUCGGUUCAAGAGAGGAAGAAGAAGAAGCGGAAAAGCAGGGGAAGCAUCGAUUGGUGGCUGGACGGUUUCAGCGGCGAGUUGAGAAAUGGGCGAAGGAACAGCCAAGAUUGGGCCAGUGGAGAGAUUCCAAAGAGCGGCGGCGGCGUCAGUAGCACGCCCAGCAUGAGAGGAACCGUCUGUUACAUAGCUCCGGAGUACGGCGGCGGCGGGCAGUUGUCGGAGAAGUGCGAUGUCUACAGUUUCGGUGUGUUGCUCCUCGUGGUGGUUUCAGGGCGGAGGCCGCUUCAAGUCACUGCCUCGCCGAUGUCGGAAUUCGAGAGGGCCAAUCUCAUCUCCUGGGCUAGGCAGCUUGCUUACAAUGGGAAGCUCUUGGACCUCGUUGAUCCUUCGAUACAUUCCGUGGUCAAGGAGCAAGCGUUGGUUUGUAUCACCAUCGCGCUGCUGUGCCUGCAGAGGUCACCAAGCAAGCGGCCAUCCAUGAAGGAGAUAGUGGAGAUGCUCUCCGGCGAGGCAGAGCCGCCCCACCUGCCGUUCGAGUUUUCACCAUCUCCGCCGUCUAAUUUCCCUUUCAAGUCUCGGAAGAAAGCCCGGUGA